AUGUCGAUUUUGAGCAAGCCAGUGCGACUGAAUUUUUCUUGCUACGACGUUGGACACACAUGGAGUCCACAUUGCACGGAAGCUUCGUUGAAAGUCGGAUGUGCAGCCUUAAUUGAGAGCCUGAAGAUUUACGGAGUCGUUUAUUUCGUAUCCACACUCAUUCAAAGGAAACGUUUUAAUCGAGAUGUGCUGAAAGGUAUAUUGCAGUCGUCAUGCUUUCUGAGUUUCAAUGGGUACGGCUUUAUACUCUUCUUCUGCAUUUCGCGGUGGAUGUUUGGAGGUCUGACUGUAUGGUCUUCAUCGUACAUUCCGGCUUUUUUGGCAAGCUUGACUGCCAUAUUCAUUGAGCAGAAAAAUCGUCGGAAGAUGCUUUCACUCUACGUUGCGAAUGUGGCCUCGGAAACCCUUCUUCUGAUGGCGAGAAACAGAGGAUGGCCGGUACCGACUACUGAAAGCUUGCUCUGGCCUUUUUUGUUUUCCAUUCUCGUCGCAGCCUCUGUUCAUAUGGAGAAGAGGGAACUUUUAUCCAAAGGCAUUGUGUCAUCCUUCCUGAGGUUUGUUGUGGGGCGGAAGAAAAUAACCCCAUCGCGUGUUGUUGAUGACGAUAUUCGUCAUGGUUCUGACGUGAGUAGCUUGGUUUCCUGCACAAACCGUCGGAGACAGUUGGACGCUGAGUUUCGAGCAGGUAGACCGACUGUCAGUUCGAAGCAAUCCGAUUCAGGACUUCAGUUGAUGAAGUAUUGCAUCAAGGGUUUCGCCUAUCCAUUCGUGGUGGCUUCCGGGUUAUCAGUUGUCCUACGAUUCCUCAGCAAGUUCCGAAAUAUUCUCAAGUCGCCGGUUCAGUCAUUUAAAAGCACAUUGACGGAUCCUGGGAUAUAUAAACUCGGAUUAUUCUUGGGAUCAUUCACUGGUGUCUUCCGGGUUACCAUCAGUGCUUUUAGACUUGCUGGUAUCGAAUGGAGUCAUCGAGAAACCCUGGCCGGAUUUUUGGCUGGCUUGUCCAUGAUGUUCUAUCGCUCAACUAAUCUUGUAAUCUACCUCUGGUUACGUGUCCUGGAAGGGUUUCUCAAAGGCGGAAUCUCUGCUGGUAUUGUUCCUUCUGUUCCUGGAUUCACAGAAGCUUUGUAUGCAAUAUCAACUGCAUUGCUUCUGGGGGUCUCCGUCAUCGAGCCACAUAAUUUGAAGCCAUCAUACUGGAAGUUUCUGAACCGUCUUACUUGGGGCUUUGUUGGUCAAAUGAAUCGAAGGCUAAUGGAUCCUCUUGGAUAUGAAUCCUCCAAGAUGGACCCGGACUUUUGGCCUCACUAUGACAAGCGGUUCAUUUCUUCAGCCUUGAGAAGUUUCUUGACAACCGGCAUUUAUCCGGUGUCUUGA